GAAAAACAGAAGAGAUGACUAAAACCCUGUCAGGCAUUACUUUUCCAUUUGGUUUUAAAAGAGCCUUCUAAUUCAGGGGGCCUUUUUUGUACAAUUAUGAAACCUUUCAUUGUACUAGCACUCUGCUGUAGUUUUUUCUCUAGCAGAGCCGACCCUCUUCCAUUUGAGUUUUUAGACUGUGAUGACCCUGAUGUCUUUAAAGCUGUCGACACAGCACUGAAGAAAUACAAUGGAGACAGAGCAACUGAUAAUCAAUUUGCUUUAUACAUGGUGAUGGAAGCCAAGAGAACUGCAGGUCUUGACACACAAUUCCAUGUGAAAUAUCGAAUACAAGAAACCAUUUGUGCCACUGAGGAAAACAAACUCUGGCAAGACUGUGAUUACAAAGUAUCUACAGAGGCUAAAACAGGAGAAUGCACAGCUCAAGUUCACAUGAAUAACACUGAAGAAACAAGUAAUGUUUUGCAAAAUUGCAAAAUUUUUCCAGUUACACCGAAGAUAACAGUUGCUAAGGCUACAUGUCUUGGAUGCUUCCAUCCUAUAUCAAGUGACAGUUUAGAAGUGUCAGAAAUUCUGAAACAAGCCAUUCAAAAGUUUAACAGGCACAGCAAUGAACCUGCCCUUUUUAAGCUUGUGGAAAUAAAAGAAGCCAAAAUACAGGUGGUAGCUGGAUGGAAUUACGUAAUUAAAUAUGAUAUUGAGGAGACUAAUUGCUCCAAAGACCAAUUUCAAGAUUUAACUCCAGAGUGCAAAAUUACUUCUAGAGGUCAUAUAGGUAAAUGUGAUGCCAAAGCAUAUGAAAAUCUUCAUGGGCAGAUGGUAGAUAUUGAAAGCCAAUGCAAGUUUCCAGCUGAAGACAAGGGAAUUCAUGACGCUUGCUCUGGUUGUCCGACGACUAUCCCAAAAGACAGUCCAGAACUGAAGGAACUACUGAAGGUUUCUAUGGAGAAGUAUAAUUCAGAGAGCAAUGAUGAUUUCUACUAUAAAGUUGGAGAAAUAGAAACAGCGACAGUUCAGGUGGUUGCAGGAGCAAUCUACCGUAUACAUUUUGCAGUCCAGAAGACAAACUGCUCAAAGAAAGAGUUCAAAAAACUUCAUGAAGACUGUGAAGCCACAUCAGGCAGUGCACCAUUGCUAUGCGAAGCACACAUUUAUGUGAUUCCAUGGGAGAAUAAAACCUUUCCCCAGGUUAACUGCUCUAUUGAACGGUCAAUGGGUGUAUUUCUAAGAAGGCCUGCUGGAUUCACACCUUUCCGAAGCUUUGCUAUGCUAGAACAGCCACAGUCUCAUACAAAUAAAGAAGAAAGGCAAAGACCUGGUGAAGAAACAAGACAAGAUGAUGGACAGGAAACAGAAGGUGAAGGUGAACCAGAGCAUAAACAUGGGCAUAAACACAGGCAUAAAUAUGGGCAUAAACACAAGCAUGGAUAUAGAAAGGAUCAUGAGUCUGACACAAGGCAUAGGCAUGAAAUUGGUUGUAGGCACAGAACUGGCCAUGGGUGUGGGCAUAAAAGCCCACAUGGUAAACAUAAACAUCCAAACCCCAAAUCUUCUGAGGAGUCCAAUGAGAGGGUUUUUAAUCGAAAUGAAACCCUCCCAUCAUCCAGUGCUGAAACAGCAUCAGAGCUAGUUAAUCCAGGGGUUGCAAGAAAGGAAAUCAGUACACCUGCAGAACCACUAAUUCUUCCUCAUACUUCUUUACUUAAUGGGUUGCCAGGUCGCCCAGAAUCUCCUCCUCCCAGAUGUCCUGGAAAACCAUGGAAACAAAUUAUGGACCUUCCAGCUCCUCCUACCUUUCCCAGAGAAUUCACAAAUGAGGAUCUCUUGCUUUCCACAGUAGAAAACAUCAAUCCAGCAACAGAAACCUCAACACCUCCCCCAAAAAAAGAGAAAGACCUUGAUCUCUCAGAUGCCUUACAAUAAUUCAAACAUUGUAGGAUUCAUUUCAGAAAUCAUACAUAGAAAAAUAAGAAAAAUACUGCCUUUUGAAAUGUAUAAAAUAUGAAGAGGCAAAAGCUCCUAUUCUGUCAGCUAAGAUACUCAAGUAGGUCACCGGUACUUCUGCAGACCUAAGACCAUACAGCAAUACUCUAUAUUUGCAUAUAUUUACAAAGAUGUAAAUCAGGCAGUGGCACCAAUGAUUCAGAACAAGCCUAGUAAAAGGACCAGGCAAGCCAAUAGCCUUCUGCUGCAGAAGUUACAGUUGUAUCUCAUAUACCUCAAGUUGCUAUAAAUGUAAAGAGAAUCACUGCAUCAAAUUUUACCAUGUUAUAGAGUCAUAGAAUCAUGGAAUCAUAGAAUCAUUAAGGUUGGAAAAGACCUCUAGGAUCACAGAAUCACAGGUUGGAAGGGACCUCAGGGAUCAUCUAGUCCAACCUUUCUAGGAAGAGCACAGCCUAGACAAGAUGGCCCAGUACCCUGUACAGACGACUCUUAAAGGUGUCCAAUGUGGCCGAGUCAACCACUUCCCUGGGGAGAUUAUUCCAAUGGUUGACUGGCCUCACUGUGAAAAAUUUUCCUCUCGUGUCUAAUCGGAAUCUCCCCAAGAGCCACUUGUGCCCGUUCCCCCUUGUCCUCUCCAUGUGACUCCAUGUAAAAAGGGAGUCUCCAUCUUCUUUGUAACUGCCCCUUAAGUACUGGUACAUUAAAUCCAACUGUCAACCCAACACUACCAUGCUUCCUAAACCAUGCCCUGAAGUGUCGCGUCUACACAUCUUAUGUUUAAAAUAACGGCACAAAGAAUUUUGCAGAUUAUGUGAAGAAUCUCAACCAAAUAUGGAUAAGACAAAAGCAUGCCAAUAUAAAGCAAGGAUGCUGUUUUUAGAUAGGCAGAAUAACAUUUAUCUAAUUUACUGGAUUUAAUCUUUUAAAGAACAAAAUAAAAUAAAGGAACCCAUUUUACGUGUCAA